CAGUUUUCACACCUGAUGAGAUCUCUCAUCUGGAACAAGACAAAGAGCCAUGGGUCCCAGAUCUCCAUGAUUCAGAGGAAAGAGAGAUCCUGAGAGGUACCUGCACAAGGGAGGAAUCAUUCAGUCAAUUCAAAACCUGUCCGUGUCUGAAGGAAACAGCUGCGGUUCCCGACAGAGACCUUGUGAGUUCUCCGAGUUCAGGAUUCUCCCCAGCAGGUGAUGGGAUGCUGAGUGAGAAGAAGGAGCACCAACCUCAGCAGGAAGAUGCUGAGCAAGACGAACCACACGGGGCAUUAUUGCAAAUAUCUGAGAAGGAUGUGUCCAGGAGUCAUGAGCAGAGAGAAGGUCGUCAAAGUCAGCACAGGCCAGAGAGGAAGCAGGGAAACAAGCCAAGGGAGAAAUUGAAUAAAUCCAUUAAUAGUUGGGGACCUCACAAAUACAUCAAGGAAACCACAACCCAGCAGAAAAUCCAGGCAGGAGCGAGAAACAACACGUGCUCUGAUUGUGGGAAAAAUUUCAGUAGCCGCUCAGUUCUUCUUAAACAUCAGAGGAUCCACACAGGGGAAAGACCCUAUGAAUGCCGUGAGUGUGGGAAAAACUUCACUCAGAGCUCAUCCCUUAUUAAACAUCGGAGAAUACACACGGGAGAGAGACCCUAUGCGUGCUGUGAGUGUGGGAAAGCCUUCACUCAGAGAUCAUCCCUCAUUACACAUCAGAGGAUCCACACAGGGGCGCAAUCCUAUGCAUGCUCUGAAUGUGGAGAAAGCUUCACUCGGCGCUCAAACCUGAUUGUACAUCAGCGAAUUCACACAGGAGAAAGACCCUACCAAUGCUGUGAGUGUGCGAAAAACUUCACCAACAGCUCCUCGCUUAUGAAACAUCAGAGAAUCCAUACGGGAGCCAGGCCUUAUGAAUGCCACGAGUGCGGGAAAACCUUCACCCGCAGCUCACACCUCAUUGCACACCAGAGAACCCACACGGGAGAGAGACCCUAUGAAUGCUGCGAAUGCGGGAAAACCUUCACGGAUAGCUCAGACCUUAUUAAGCAUCAGAGAAUCCACACGGGAGAGAGACCUUAUGAAUGCAGUGAGUGCAGGAAAAGCUUCAUGGAUAGCUCAGACCUUACUAAGCAUCAGAGAAUCCACACGGGAGAGAGACGUUAUGAAUGCAGUGAGUGCAGGAAAAGUUUCACUCACAGCUCAGCCCUUAUGACACAUCAGAGAAUCCAUACGGGAGAAAGACCUCACGAAUGCUGCGAGUGCGGGAAAAGCUUCACUCAGAGCUCGGACCUAAUUAAACAUCAGAGAAUCCACACCGGCGAGCGGCCCUAUAGAUGCGGUGAGUGCGGGAAAAGCUUCACUUGGCGCUCGAGCCUAAUUACGCAUCAGAGAUUCCACACAGAAGAAAGACCCUAUGGGUGCCGUGAGUGCGGGAAAAAAUUCUUUGUCAGCUCAGCGCUUCGGGAACAUCAGAGGAUCCACAUUGGAGCCAGACCUUAUCAGUGCGGUGAGUGCGGGAAAAACUUCACUCGCAGCUCGAACCUUAUUAGACAUCAGAGGCUCCACUCAGCUUAGAGACACUCUAGAUGCUCUGAGUGUGGGAAAAGUUUCUAUCAGAACUCAGCCCUUACUUAUCCCCAGAGAAUUUGCAAGGGAAACAAACGCCAUAAAAACCUUAUUUAAGGCUGACCAUUUUUAUUUAUUUUUUUCCUAAUUCCCUCUUAAAGACUUUUUGAACUACAUUUGAAACCCAGGUGUAGAGCCAAUACUCAUAACUUCAAAUACAAAAAUGAUACAUGCAGGCCAAGAGCAUAAUCAUAUUCAGCAAAUCAUAACCUUUCCAUAGAACUCUUACAUGCCCCAUUGGACAAGAUUGGUUGCAAAGAUAUAACAGUGGUUGCAACAAUGAUCUAUAUGGUCAUUGUUUAAUCAGAUAACGUCACAGCCACGUGUAAAAGGAUA